ACGGCUUUAAGGCUUUUGAAGAAUCAUGUCUGGCCGUGCAAAGCAGGGUGGCAAGGCUCGUGCCAAGGCCAAGUCCCGCUCUUUCAGAGCAGGUUUGCAGUUUCCUGUGGGACGUGUGCACCGGCUCCUUCGCCAAGGGAACUACGCAGAGCGAAUUGGGGCUGGCACACCAGUGUACUUGGCGGCCGUGCUGGAGUACCUGACGGCUGAGAUCCUGGAGCUGGCGGGCAAUGCGGCGAGGGAUAACAAGAAGACGCGCAUUAUCCCGCGCCACCUGCAGCUGGCCAUCCGCAACGACGAGGAGCUCAAUAAGCUGCUGGGCCGCGUGACCAUCGCGCAGGGCGGCGUCCUGCCCAACAUCCAGGCCGUGCUGCUGCCCAAGAAGACCGAGAGCCACCACAAGUCCCAGACCAAGUGACUCCCGCACUUGUGACAGCAGCUAACAGCUUAAAACAAAAAGGCUCUUUUCAGAGCCACC